AUGGCUCCAAAGAGAAAGGAAAACGAAGUACCAAAGAACAAGUCAAACAAAAAAUUGAAAUCUGAAACUAAGACUUUGGCUACUAAGAAAAAGGACUCGCAGAAAACUCAUAUUCUAGUUAAACCAAAAAAAACCCUUCGAGUAGAUACCAAGACUUUGAACCAUUCUAUAUGUAUCCCAACAACUAUUUUGAAUAAUUGCACCAAUUUAGAUCAAAUAACUCAUGUGGUUUAUCAAAUCGCCAAAGCUGCUACUAUCUUCAAUGUCGGAGAACUUGUCAUUCUAGAUCUUGGGGACAGAAAAUCAAAGCAGAAUACAGAAGAUAAGCAAAGAUUAUCGGAUUCUAUGUUAAUUGCAUCAUUAUUACAAUAUUUCGUUACACCGCCAUACCUAGUGAAGUCUGUUUUUAAGAAACAAUACAUGAAAUAUUUUGUUGCUGCAGAAAAGUUACCAAGAUUAACAGCACUACCAUUUAUGAGACAUUAUAAUGAGGAUAAUGGCAGAUAUAGAGAAGGUCUAGCUGUGAGGAUGGAAAACCCAAGUAGUAAAAGCACAAAGGAAUACAAGCAGACUAAGUAUAUCAACAUCGGUAAAAGUGAAUUAUUAUCUUUGAAGACACAAUUGGUUCCUACAAAUGUUAGAGUAACGGUUGAUGUUUUAGAACAUAAAGUCGUAUCACCAGUUGAAGCCUACGGAAACUUUGUCGGUGCCCAAUCUUCUUUUGGCUAUCACGUCAGAGUCACUAAAAAUUUUGGCUCAAUAUUUACAGAUUGUUCUUUCCCAAAUGGUUAUUCUCAAUGUAUUUGGGCCAAUUCUGGUGAUUAUUUCUACGAUGAACAAGAAAAGAAAUAUUCCAAGGCUGAAACUAAAGUACCACGUAUAACAAAAAUUGUUAAACCGGAACCUAAUGGGGAAGAAAACUCAACACAGACACAACCCGCUAAUUUAUUGAUUGUAUUUGGUAAAUGGAAUGACAUCAAAAAGAGUUUCAAUGAAUCUAAGGACCAAUUCGAAGGCUGUGAGGGUGCACAUCAAUUCUUUGAUGGUCAGAUCGAGAUGCCUGGUGCUUCCCCACAGGGUAAUAUUUGCAUCGAAGACAGUUGUAUGAUAGCCCUUUCAGUACUUGAUACUAUGGAAUGA